CAGUAAAAAAACUAAAAUAGUCAAUGUACGUAAAAAACUAUAACAGAUAUAAUUAACUUGCAGUAAAACAAAAUCCAAAAAUGUAAAAAAAUAAUUAGCAGAAUAACAAGGUGAAGAAUUAGUAAACUAUAUUCCUUCACUCGAAUAUGACACAGCAUGAAACCCUAUCGCCGUACUAAUAAGGUUUUUAUGGUUGAACAGCUACGCUCGGCGUCAAGGCUGGGUCGUGUGAAGGUACUGCUCCGAGAGUUCGCAAGCGAUGUCUACUCUCUCUGGCGUUAUGGUGCACCUUUUCCCACCUUCCUAAAACUCAUAGGCACUCUAAUACUCUGCCUGCUCGUUGUUAUGCCACUUUUUUACCCCCUUUUUGUAUUGAUCAUAACUUUCUUCACAUUCGAAGGACUUUAUCUUAGCUGGUGGACUGAUCAAUCAUGGAGGUUCUUGCCAAAUAGUAUAUUAAAACGGGCGUUGUCUGUCGCUUUCUAUCCAUGUGCUACUCGUGAGAUGUGGAAAGUUCGAGAUGUGCUAACCCGUGGAAUACUUCUAAUUCACUCUCUUGCCACCUCGGUGGAUUAUCUCUGUGUUAUGCAAAGCUUGCUAGACGAUUCUUGAUAUUCAUAAAUUACAUUUGUUAAUUAAAACUGUAAAAUAAAUAAUCAUUAUUA